GUCAUUGGAAUAAUGGAGGACUGUCUUUUCCACCCGGACUGAUGAUGUCUGUAUUUCUACUCUACUACCUGUGAUCUGAGAAAAAAAACAACACGUCUGCAAUUCAGCUAGUAGUUGAGGUCAAAGUAACAAACCCAAGAUGACUACAGACACGCCAGCGCAAGGCGCAGGCUCCAGGAUAAUGACGUUCCAGCCCUCCAAAGAGGAGUUCAAGGACUUCAGCCGGUACAUCGCCUAUAUGGAGUCACAAGGAGCACACAAAGCUGGAAUGGCAAAAGUUAUUCCACCCAAAAGCUGGAAACCUAGACGGACAUACGAUGACAUCGACGACCUGGUGAUUCCUGCUCCCAUUCAGCAGGUGGUGACGGGCCAGUCGGGACUGUUCACACAGUACAACAUCCAGAAGAAGCCGAUGACGGUCCACGAGUUCCGCAAGACCUCCAACCUGGACAAGUUCUGCAAUCCCCGAUACGUGGAUUUUGGCGAGUUGGAGAGGAAGUUUUGGAAGAACCUGACCUUCAACCACCCCCUUUAUGGGGCCGAUGUCAGCGGAACACUGUAUGAUCCAGAUGUGGCUGAAUGGAACAUCGGCCGCCUCAACACCAUUCUGGACACUGUGGAGAACGAGAGCGGGAUCAAGAUCAAAGGAGUCAACACGCCGUACCUUUACUUUGGGAUGUGGAAGAGCGCCUUCGCGUGGCACACGGAGGACAUGGAUCUGUACAGCAUCAACUACCUGCACUUUGGAGAGCCAAAGUCCUGGUAUGUUGUUCCACCGGAGCAUGGGAAAAGACUGGAACGACUUGCUAAGGGUUUCUUUCCAGGGAAUGCUCAGAGCUGCGAAGCCUUCUUGCGCCACAAGAUGACUUUAAUUUCCCCCUCCAUCCUGAAGAAAUAUGGCAUACCAUUUGAGAAGGUCACGCAGGAGGCCGGCCAGUUCAUUGUGACGUUCCCGUUUGGUUAUCACGCAGGUUUCAACCAUGGCUUCAACUGUGCCGAGUCCACCAACUUUGCCACCCAGCGAUGGAUUGAUUACGGCAAACAGGCGACACUGUGUUCGUGCCGGCAGGACAUGGUGAAGAUCUCCAUGGAUGUCUUUGUACGCAAAUUUCAGCCCGACCGUUACAAACUGUGGAAGGCGGGGAAAGACAACGCUCCCAUCGACCACUCCAAACCCACACCAGAGGCUGCUGUGUUCCUGAAAGAAGACAAGAGCGAGCCUUCAAAAGAGACUCCCAGUGAAGCCGGAUCUGAGGAGCCCGCUACCCCCGUCCAGGAGGACAAAAGUCCGAAGCCUCAGACUGGGACAAAGCGUCAGCUGGAAGCUGUCCAAGCCUCUGAAGACAUCAAACCUGAGCUGACCGUGAAGGAGACUGAGGAGGUGGAGCCAAAGAAGGCCAAGCUGUCACGCAAGGAGUCUCCAACUAAAGUCCCUGUCAAGCCAGAUAAAGACACAGUAAAAGUCAAGACGGAGCCUAAGAAGGAGAAAGAGACCAAGCCUCAGACUAAAUCCCAGUCCAAAGCCAGUGCGAAGAAAACCUCACACAGACAAAGCGCGUCCAAAAAAGAGAAGAACGGCGUGUCGGCUGCAGACGUCGGUCCGCCCGAGCCCGUGGCUGUGUGCUCUGAGGAGGGAGCUCAGCUGGACAGCGGCUGCAGCCCGGCACACAAGGUGUUCCAGAGGACGCUGAGCCCCGCAGACGUCCUGCACGUUCACAGCUACGCCAAAGGAGACUACGGAGAGGGAGAAGCCCCGCCUAAGGAGGAGAAGAAGAGUGAGGGCAGUGACACGGAGACGGAGAAAGACAGCAGACAUGUUAGCAAAGCACAGGUGGCAGAAGAGUUGGCUGCAGAUGGAGAGCUGGAGAGCGAUCUAGGGCAGCUGCCAGGCCACCAUCCGCUCAUAAAGGACGGCAUGAGUGAUGAAGAGGCUCCAGAGGAGGCCCCCCCAGUAGAGGAGGGCGGCCUGGAAGGAGAGAGCUGGGCUAAACCUCUGGCCCACCUGUGGCAGAACAGACCUCCCAACCUGAAGAAAGAGAGAGAGUACAACCAGCUCAUGGAAUCCAAACCUCCGUACUGCUCCAUCUGCAGGCUGUUUCACACCUACCAGCAGACCGAGUGUGGGAACAGCGGAGACAAGCCUGUCAUGGUGGCUGGCGGGCGGAUGCGGACCAAACCUCUGAUCCCAGAGAUGUGUUUCACCACCACCACGGAGGAGGACUCCGAGUGCGAGGAGCAGCCCGUCACGCCUCAUCUGGAGGAAGAUGGAACCAGCCUCCUCAUCAGCUGCUCUCAGUGCAGCAUCCGGGUUCACACCAGCUGUUACGGUGUGGACCCAGCCAGUGUGAGCAAGGAGUGGAAAUGUGCGCGCUGCAAAGCCAACGCCAUGACUGAGAAUUGCUGUUUGUGUUCGCUGAGAGGGGGAGCCUUGCAGAAAGCUAACAACAACAAGUGGGUACAUGUGCUGUGUGCAGUGGCUGUGCUGGAGGCUCGCUUUGUCAACAUCACUGAAAGAAGUCCUGUGGAUUUAAGUGGAAUCCCUUUGCAAAGAUUUAAACUGAAAUGUUACUAUUGUAAGAAGCGGAUGAAGAAGGCGUCUGGCUGCUGCGUACAGUGCUCCCAUGGCCGCUGUCCCACUGCCUACCACCCCACCUGUGCCCAGGCUGCUGGAGUACUCAUGCAGCCGGAUCAGUGGCCCUUUGUGGUCCAUGUUACCUGCUGUCGACACAAAGGCCCCACUCAGAUUGAGCGCAACAAAGCUGCAAUGCAGGAGCUGACUGUGGGACAGAAGGUGAUAUGCAAGCACAAGAAUGGCCGCUACUACCAGUGUGACGUGGUGCAGCUGUCUAAAGAGACGUUUUACGAAGUCAACUUUGAUGACGGUUCCUUCAGCGACAAUCUCUUCCCCGAAGACAUCGUGAGCCGAGACUGUGCUCAGCUCGGACCCCCACCCCCGGGUGAAGUGGUUCAGGUGCGAUGGACAGACGGCCUGGUGUACGGGGCCAAAUUUGUGGCAGCGCAUGCCAUCCACAUGUACCUGGUGGAGUUCGAGGAUGGGUCACAGCUAACAGCCAAGAGAGAUGAUGUCUACUCUCUGGAUGAGGAACUCCCCAAGAGAGUCAAAUCCAGACUGUCCAAAGCGUCGGACAUGAGAUUCGACGGCAUCUUUGAAGAGAAGGAGAUCAUCCAGGAGUCCAAGAGACAGAGGGUGAUCAACUCGCGUUACAGGGGGGACUACAUAGAGCCUGUGAUUUACAGAGCCAUCAUGGAGUAACACCCACCCCACCCACCCACCCACACAGCACCAGACUGACCCGUGCUCACUGUACCUUAACCUAGCAGCUAGCCGCUGACAAGAGUGUAGCUCCGGACCACUUUCUUCUGGACUCGCUUUGGACUGUUUUUUUUUUUACUUCUCGUUCAUCCGUCUUUGUUCAUUCAAUGACAGUUCUAUUUGCUUUUGUCUGACCGCGAAACAGGAAACAGCAGUAUUUUAUUUUUUUCAGUUUUUCCAGAGGACUUAGGCCCAGCCCUGGCAGGACACAAAAGUAGGAAGUAAGACAAAAAUGACAUGUGUACUAAAGUAGCAUUUUGACAGUAAGGCACCUGUGUGUGUUUAAAAAAAAAAAAAAAAAAAAAAAAAACAAUGUUGGAGUUCAACUUUAAUUACAGUAAUGUUCAAUAAAUGGAUAUUUACUAAACAUUUUAAUAAAUAUGCAACACAGGUGUUUAAGUUUCAAGGAUAAUAUCAGCGUCAUUUUAUUUAUUUAUUUCUGCCGUUAGUGGCUAUGAUACGGAGCCCAACUGGUCUCAAAGGUAAAAGUUUAGAUUGAUUUUAUUUCAGAUUUGUAAAAUACUAAAUUGUGCCCUAAAAUGGCUGAAUAAAUUAUUUAAAAGUAAAAGCCUUGUCAAGCCUUGCCAUCAUUCGUUUAGUUCCAGUCCCUCCCACACUUCUUAAUUUAAUAACUAAUUUGUGUGCCCGAGUUAUUAAUUUGAGGGUACGAUUUUCUAAAGUGUAUGCUGGAAUUUCUCAAAAUAGUUUGGGGCUGCAACUAGCGAUUUAUUUUCAUUAAUUAAUCUGCCACUUAUUUUAUUUAUUUUUGACAAUUUUAUUUUGUCAGAAAGGAGUGAAAAAGGCUCAGCAGAAUUUUCUUGAGCUGAAAUGAUAAAUAUUCAUGUUUGUGCAUUAUUAUUAAAGUUUUAAUGCUGUUUGGAAUAAUAUAAACAGAGGAAAGCAGCAAGCUUCACAUUGCGAAGCAGGAAGCAGUCGAUAUUUGACAUUUUUGCUUGAACAUGGACUAAAAUGAUUCAUGUUGACUUGAGAUGUUACCGCUGAUUCCCGCCGGGCUCGAGUUCUGCUAUGCUAAUUUCAUAAAAAAAAAAAAAUUUAUUUAGAAAUGCGAACAUAACAUGAAUUAAAAUAAUGAAUUCCUUAAAAUUAGAUAUUGAAAUAGGGCCGCUUGCAGAGACAGGGCCAGAAUAUUAACUCCAACCAACACAAGUCAUAACUUAAAAAUUUAAAAAAGUCCUGUAUCCAACACAAAAGGUGGCGAAUGUGUCAGGUAGCAGAGCUCGACGCUCGGCCCGUCAGUUAGCUUCAUUGCGUAAUACGUAUUGUCUUUACGAACCUCUCUAAGUUUAAAGUCACACAUCAUUGAAACAAGUAUUUUUUUUUAACCCUUGUGUUGUCUUUUCCAUUUGAGAAUACACUUGCUGGGUCAAAACUGAACACUUUUUCUGUCCUUUUUGUCUCUUUUUUCGACACUUUUGGUGCUUUUUUUCAAUGUUUUUGGUGACGUUUAACACUUUUUUUCAUUCCCACGUACAGUAUAAACACCACUAACACCAACUCAUUACUAGUUUUACACCUAUUUUUGGAAUUCAUGGUCAAUAAAUGUAAUUUAUAGGAAAUUACAUGUAAUUCUUGAGUUAAAAAAAACAUAAAUUAGGAAUUAUUUAGACUGUUAUUAAAGGAAGGAUCAUCACAGAAGGGUAUAUGUCAAAGUUCAGUCAGGAUAUAUUUUUUUCAAAUGCUAAAAAAUUUAAUCAAACACCCUAAAAUUCACUGUAAGUAGAGAUCCACUCUUUUGUUGUACUUGCAAAGCGCGUUGUAUGGAACCAUCCGUGUUAUUUUUGGGUAAUUUGAUUUUAUUAGGAUCCCCAUUAGCUGAUGCAGAACAUCAGAUACUCUUCCUGGGGUCCACUUACACCCAAUUACAAUUGGGUAGUUAAAAAGAAACCCAUAUUUCUGAUACAGAAAUUUAGAAAACGGGUCAAAUUUGACCCUAAGACAACACAAGGGUUAACAUGAGUUGCAAUAGCCACAGUUAUGGUUAGACUCUUUACAUGCGUUAAUCAGAAAACUAAUUUGCGCUGAUAUUAUCCUUUUUUAUUAUAGGAAUACUUCACCUUUUUUAUCCGUUAGCUACUUUCCUCCGAUAGCCUGGAAUGAUGCACAGAAUGUUUGUACUUGCGAUACAUGAAAAAGUGCCAGGCCAUUUUGCGAACAAAAUAGAAGAGAGACAAGAGAGUUACAGGUGGAAUAUUUUUACUGAAACUACUGAAAGUGUACCCAUACCUAAUCAAUACUUAUUUUCAAUACAUUACUUUGAAAAAUUGAGGGUUUUUGCGCAUGUGCGUGGAAGAAAAAGCCAAAAAAAAAAGCCAAAGUUCUUAAAUGUUGUCGAAACGCAAAAAGUUUUUGCCUCAAAAUUGGCUAAACAUUCAGUUGUUAUCAGGAACUAUCUGCUCAAAGAGUAAGUAAACAAGAUCACAAAUCUGACCAGAUAUUCACUGACAGCUUUUUCAAAUGGAUAUCAAUAUUCGAAAGAAAAGUACUUGAGUAGUAGAAUAAAAAAUUAAAUUAAAAAAAAAAAGUUCACAGACAAACAUUUGUGAUGAGGAUUGGUGGAGCAUGGCAUUCAUUCGUGACCUUAGUAACAGACGCAGGAAUAAACAGAUCUCAAAGGUCCUUCUUAGGCUAUGUUCUCACUUUUUUUUUUUUUAAGCUGCCAGAGUCUGUUUUACGUUAUAAUCCACAGACUUCUUUUCUGCAGCUCGGAGCGUCUUUUUGAAGUU